CGACUCCCACUCUUUCCUGGGUUUCUGGGGUAUACACACUCGGCCUCACUCUCUUCUCUCUUCGCCUUUGCCUUCUACCCCCCCCCCCCCCCCCCCCCCAAAGUCAAACCCUAAUACUCACUGUUAUGCUACUAUUCCUCCUAAUCACCAAUUUGGGGCUUCACGGCACCAGUUGAUCCAGCGUGUUUAUUUGUAAUGGCUUUCACUGCGGUGACCGUGAGAAACUGUUUUUAGUCAACCCAUUGUUUAGGAAACUGUCAUGGACUCUGAAGUUGAAGCCGAAGAAAGGGAAUCUGAUAAAGGUGUGAAGCAAAAUGUAAGUCAUAAUUUUGCUGGGAGAGAAAUGAUUAUACAGGAUGAGGAAGGGAAUGCUAAACCAUAUGUGGGGAUGGAGUUCGAAUCAGAGGAUGCUGCCAAGGCCCUCUAUGAUACGUAUGCUAGGUGUGCUGGAUUUAGCACCCAUGUUGGUCAGUUUAGUCGUAAUAAGCCUGACGGACCAAUAGUGACAUGGGAGUUUGCAUGUACAAGAGAGGUAUUCAAAAGAAAGAAUGUCGAAAGUUGCAAUGCUAUGCUACGCGUAGAGAGGAAGGAUGCAAACACUUGGGUUUCCACUAAGUUUAUUGAGGAUCACAACCAUGGGAUGGAAAGUCCUAAUAAAGUCCAUUACCUUCGACCACGUAGGCACUUUGCAGGUGCUACAAAGAAUACAGCUGAGACUUUGGAUGUUUCUUCUGAUGCUUAUGUCUCUAUGGAUGGGAAUCAUGGCCCUUAUGAGCCAAACCAUGGAGGUAGGAGUGUCUCUCCUGUUGAACCAAAUCAUCCUGCUAGAAAUAUUGGGCCUAUUAAUUACACAAGGCCUAUGAGAACACUUGGAAGAGAUGCCCAAAAUCUUCUAGACUAUUUCAAGAAAAUGCAGGCUGAAAAUCCUGGAUUUUAUUAUGCCAUACAGCUUGAUGAUGAAAACCGUAUGACUAAUGUUUUUUGGACUGAUGCGAGAUCAAGGACUGCUUACAACUACUUUGGAGAUGCUGUAAUUUUUGAUACAAUGUAUCGACCAAAUCAGUACCAGGUGCCUUUUGCUCCUUUUACUGGUGUAAAUCAUCAUGGCCAGAUGAUAUUGUUUGGCUGUGCACUACUUCUAGAUGAAUCUGAGUCUUCCUUUACUUGGCUGUUUAAGACAUGGCUUUCUGCAAUGAAUGAUCGGCCUCCUUCUUCUGUAACUACUGAUCAAGAUAGAGCAAUACAAGUGGCAGUUGCACAGGUAUUCCCAGAUGCACGUCACUGUAUAUGCAAGUGGCACAUUUUAAGAGAAGGCCAAGAAAGACUGGCUCAUAUAUAUCUUGCUAAUCCUUCCUUUUAUGGAGAGCUGUAUAGCUGUAUCAACUUUUCAGAGACAAUUGAGGAUUUUGAAUCAUCAUGGCUGUCCCUUCUUGAUAGGUAUGACCUUCGGAGAAAUGAUUGGCUUCAGGCAGUGUAUAAUGCUCGCAAGCAGUGGGCCCCAGUUUAUUUUCGUGGGACUUUCUUUGCGGCACCUUCCUCAAAUCAAGGAGUUGGAUCUUUCUUUGAUGGAUAUGUGAAUCAACAAACGAGUAUACCUCUGUUUUUUAAGCAGUAUGAAAGGGCUCUGGAGCAUGCACUAGAAAAAGAAAUAGAAGCAGAUUAUGAUACAAUUUGCAGCACACCAGUACUGAAGACACCAUCACCAAUGGAACAACAAGCAGCUAACUUGUAUACAAAAAAAGUAUUUGCCAAAUUUCAGGACGAAUUAGUUGAGACUUUUGUCCAUACUGCAAAUAUGACAGAUGAAGAUGGCCUUGUCAGUAAAUACAGGGUUGCAAAGUAUGAACAUGAUGACAAAGCUUAUAUAGUCGAAUUGAAUGUCCCCGAGAUGAGAGCAAGCUGCAGCUGUCAGAUGUUUGAAUAUGCUGGCAUCCUCUGUAGACAUAUUUUGACUGUCUUCACCGUCACAAAUGUUCUUACCCUUCCAUCACAUUACAUUUUGAAGCGAUGGACAAAGAAGGCCAAAUCUUGGGUUGAAGUAGAUGAACAGAUCUCAGAUCCGCAAAGUGUUGAGAUACUCACUGUGCGGUUCAAUAAUUUAUGUCAGGAAGCCAUUAAAUAUGCAGAGGAAGGGGCAGUUUCUGUAGAGACUUACAAUGCAGCAAUAAUUGCUCUACGAGACAGUGGGAAAAAGAUUGCUGAUUUGAAGAAACAUGUUGCUAAAGUCGCACCUCCUAGCUCUCACGGAAGUGGAAGUUUACAGGAAGAAAAUACGAAAAGAUCUCAUCUGCCAUCAGGGGAAAUGGGUCCUCCAUUGUGGCCUUGGCAAGAAGCACUGCCACAUCGCUUUAAUCUUAAUGAUGUUGGAGUUCCACUUGCUGAUAUAAAUCACCCUAGCAUGGCCGGCUCUAUUCAACCCGAUGGCGGGCAUCCUGAUAAUACGGUGGUUUAUACAUGUUUCAAGUCCAUGACAUGGGUCAUAGAAAAUAAGAAUUCCACAUCAGCUGGAAAAGUUGCUGUUAUUAACUUGAAGCUGCAAGAUUAUGGCAAGAACCCGCCAGGAGAAACAGAUGUACAAUUUAGGGUAACCAGGGUCACACUAGACCCAAUGUUAAGAUCAAUGGCCUACAUCGGUCAGCAACUUUCUGCCCCAGCCAACAGAGUUGCUGUUAUCAAUCUCAAGCUGCUAGAUACAAACACAACAUCUGGAGAAACAGAAGUCAAGUUUCAAGUGUCCAGAGAUACACUAGAUACCAUGUUGAGAUCAAUGGCUUACAUCCGUGAACAACUAUGACAUGAAGCUUGUUAGAUUGGGUUAUUCCUCAUGGAAAGGUAACAACUAAACUACCAGUGACGUGGUACAGAGGAGAAAAACUGUCUUGGACUUCCCCUUGGUGUGUAAUGGUUUGAUGUUGAAGCGCUUGCCAUAACAAUGCCCGGUUGCAUGACCUCCAUUCAAAUCACUGGGAAAUUACUCUGGUUGAGGGAAUCCUGUGGAAGUGUGUUUUGUACAUAAUGAUUGUGGUUUUGAAUGAUACACAGUACAGCAUUUUGGACAGAAGCAUUUCAAUAACUUUAUAUGGGUCAUUUGGUUGAAGAGAAAAGAACAUGUGAAAAUGUGGAGGGACUGGAGCUUUUGCGGUAAAGGGUUUGAUCAUGGGCAUCAGUUUCCGCAGAAUUCAGAAAUGGUUUCUACCAUGGUAAUGUCUAAAAAUUGCAAAUCCUAUUGUGGUUUCUGUCUUUCGAAGUUUGCUAUCUGUGCAUUGAUUCUGAGAUAUAGAGUAGAACAUGUAGGUAGCAAAUUUGGGUGAACAUCUUGUCCUCUACAUUGUACUUGGUAUAAUCUCUUAGUGAAAGUAUUUUUUUUAAAUUAGAAACACAAAUCAAUCUGAAAUUUAUAAGCUUUAAACGUCUGUGUUCUUCUCAAUAUAUGGAUUACAGUUUCCCA